GAAUGAGAGCGAUCGAUGGUCGGGGUGGUGGCGGUGGUGGCGUCCGCGCAUGCCCCUGCUUGUCCAGCCGGAGAAGGUCUAUCCCACGGCGGUGGUGGCGGUAGCAGCAGCAGCAGCAGCAGCAGCAGCGGCGGCGGCGGCGGCGGCGACGGACAGUCGCGCGUCGCGAGCACGGAGAGUGCGGCCGCUCGGCGGUAUGGAGCAGACGAGCACGACGACGAGCACCACGGUGGUGGUGCUGCUGCUGCACGUUGGCGGCCUGGGCUGACGCGCAGUGUCUGCUUAGCGCGCGACAGCUGCCCCCUCGGACUCGCAAGCUCGCCUAAUCUCUGCGGCCCGUCGCGCCUGGCGGGUAGAUGCUGCUGGCCAGCGGCCAUGGGUCCUGCGAGUAGCCGACAGAGCCAGUUCGGUGAACAGGAGGACGAGUCCGGCCUACAGAUCAAGCUGCCCAGCAACACCACGGAGAGCGAGUACUCGGUGGAGGAGCAGUCGCGGCUGACGGGGCCGGACGGCACGGGUGGCGACAACGACCCGACCUCGCCCGACGAUGCCGGCGACGCGGCCUCGCUGUGCGAAUACCACGACAUACCGCCACCGCCCGAUGGCGGCUACGGCUGGGUGGUGGUGUUCGCCUCGUUUAUGUGCAACUUGAUCGUCGACGGCAUCGCCUACACCUUCGGCAUCUUCCUCGGCGAGUUUGCCAACUACUUCCAGGAGAGUCGUAGCAAAGUCGCCUGGGCAGGCAGCUUGCUGUCGGGGGUCUACCUAAUGGCCGGCCCUGUCGUCUCGGCGCUCACCAACAAGUACGGUUGCAGGGUGGUCUGCAUGGCCGGCGCAGGCAUCGGCACCGUGGCCUUCGUACUGUCCACCUUCUCGUCGUCAGUAACCAUGCUCAUGAUCUCUUACGGUGUCCUCGGUGGUAUUGGCUUCGGACUGGUCUACCUGCCUGCGGUCGUGUGCGUCGGUUACUACUUCGAAACCAAGAGGUCAUUGGCAACGGGCAUCGCGGUAUGCGGCUCCGGAGUUGGAACUUUCAUCUUCGCACCCCUGGCUGGCGUUCUACUGGAAACCUACGCGUGGAAGGGCGCGACCCUCAUACUCGCCGGCCUCAUCUUCAACUGCGCCAUAUUUGGCGCAAUGAUGAGGCCACUGGAGUAUCCAAAAGCAUCGUCGGUGAAGCCGUUGCUGCAGCGGAUGGCCGAGGAGAAGCGUUUCCAGAUGGAGCGCGGCAGCAUCGGCGGUUCGUACUUCAUGGUACAAUUGCCGGACGGCUCGAUGGAAAGGCGUAUGAAGAUGCCGAUCAACGUCGACCCGGGUGUUCAUUCCAGCUUCAAUUUAGACCAAUUAGUGCCUGGCACACCUUUGACACCAGUGCCGACGGUGCCGACGCUGCCAACGAUUUCGGAGGUGAAGGUGCAGGAGCACUCGUCGAGUGGUGCCACGAGCAACAGCGGCAGCGCGCAGGACCUCAAGUCGUCGUCGGUCAAGUCGCGCAGUCGGCGGCAGAUUGAGGACAGCCCCGACGCCAAAGCCCCGGAGAGCGAGUUCAACAAGCCGGUGAUUCCGAGGAAUGCGAGUCAGCCUGCGUUCACCACUCAUGUGCAAGGCUUGCCCAAGAACGGCUCCGUGCCGUUCUUCGACCGCAUCCGCAAGACCAGCACCGGCGAGAGGUAUAAGCCCAGCUUGAGCGCCAUCAAGAAUCAGUCGAGGACGACACUGAACUCCAACGGCGACAUCAGGAAGAGCAUGCAUCUCCGAUUGUCCAAUAGCAGCAUGCUCGGUUCGCGCAACAACAACACCGAACUCGACGACGGCGAGAGCAUUACAUUUACAACGAGUACCCAGCGAUUGCCAAAGCCCGAGAAGCCAAUGAUGGUGAGGCCAUUGUCGCGUAAGGACAUCUUUUACAGCGGCAGUGUGCUCAACUUGCCCGAAUACCAGAGUCAAAAAUCCUUAGCCAACUACCGUCAGAGCGUUAUCUCGCUUCCCAAGUCCGUAAGAGGAGUCGACGCCAAAGAUGGUGACAUCGAGAAAGCUCCACAGCCACCCCUAUGCCCAUGUCUAGAAUUGCCGGAAUCGUUUAAGGAAGCACUAGGCACGAUGAUGGAUAUGUCUCUACUGAAGAAUCCCGUGUUCCUACUGAUUUGCAUUAGCAAUGUUUUCGGUAUGGCCGGACUGUACAUACCCUUCUUCUACUUAGUCGACGCAGCUCACGCCAAGAGCAUCGAGAGAACUACCGCCUCGCUACUCAUAUCCGUGAUCGGUAUUACGAACACCAUCGGUCGAGUUGGCUGCGGUUACAUUGCCGACUUUCCACGAGUGGACUCGCUUUUGCUAAACAAUAUCUGUUUGAUAGUCGCUACGAUAUCUGUAGCUAUCGCGCCAUUUUGCACCUCGAUGAUACAUUACAUGAUCAUGUCGACUCUCUUUGGCUUCGCUAUUUCUGGCUAUAUCUCCCUCACGUCGAUAAUCCUAGUAGACCUGUUGGGUCUUGAGAAGCUUACUAAUGCUUUUGGUUUGUUGAUUCUGUUCCGUGGUAUUGCGGCUAUUGCCGGGCCUCCUCUUGCCGGCAACCUUUACGACCUUACUAAUAAUUACGACUCCACCUUCUACAUGGCUACGUUUUGCUUUUUACUUAGUACCAUUACGAGCUUCGUGGCUCCUACAUUGAAGCGCUGCACUCAGCCGCAGACUCAGCCUGUGAUAUUAGAUACACUGACGCCGAUAGACGAAGACAUCGAGGAAGAGAACGAAGACGAUAUCCCUGAAAUCGUAGAAACGGCGCCAUCACCCCUGCAGGAGCAGCCCGAGAAAGAGAUCAAACAGAUCGAGUCGGUAUUGUAAUUUCUAUGAGAGCGCAUCUGUAGUCGCUUUUGCGAAGCAAAAAAAAAAAAGAAAAAGAACAGAAAAAAAUAAUUUGAGACGUCGUCCGAGCUACACUGUGAUACGGCUAAAAGAAAAAAAAAUUUUUGUUUCCAUAAAACAAGAGAGAUAAGUAGUAGAUAGAGAAAUAUAUCAUUUCUUAUUUCUAUGCGAACUCUCGCCUGACAAGCACAAAUUGUAAUCGCGAUAAUUCAAACCCGCUAGAAUUUUUCUUUUAUCCUUAUUUUUCACUAUACUUACGGAACGCUUAUUCGUAUGCUACUCAAACGCAUGGCUUAAAUCAAUUUCUUCUUUUGUAAACUUAUAUAUAUAUAGGGUUGUUACACAUUAUUACGAGCAAGAAUGAAAGAAAAAUUCCAUUGGGCAAGCGGAGUCGUAUAUUUCUUUUUUUUGUCGUCUGUAUUAGUGAUUGAUACAUAGCGUAACUGGUAGUCGAAGGCGUUUUAAUUAAACUUAAUCAGUAUCGAUCGUCAGUAUAUCUAGGAAAAAAAGUCACAAACAGUUGAAAAAAAAUGGUAAUGUGAAAACGAAUAGGUAAUGCGAUAAAUUAUCGUUUAUUUUGUGUGUAUAUACUGAAAAAAUUUUUUAUUCCACGUAGAUAACAAUUAUAAUAUUUGAAAAAAAAAGCAUGAAAAAAUAUGUAUACUAAUAUGUAACGAAAGAAGGCUUGCAUUUUUGCUAUGUGAAGAUUAGAAGCUAUUAUUCGGAGGAAAGAGGUUAUUAUCUAACAAAGCUUUCUUUUUCUUUGUCGAAAUAGAAAAAAAAUGCAAAAAAAAUGAAUAUAUUUCUUAUGUACGAAUAUGGCACAUGUACAUAAUAAAAUGCUGACGCACGAUACACCUUAAUGAAUCAAUUACGGAGCGUGAAAACUCGAUGAGGACGCGAUGAUUUUUAGUUUGUAAAUAAUAUGAUUAAUGAAACUCACAGGAGAUUUGUAAAAUACAUGGAAAGAAAGAAAACAAGACACUCUUAUAUAGACACGUGCAUUUUGGUUUAGGAAUGCAGCAACAGAAAAAUCCAAAUUUAGUUUAGCAUAUAAUAUAUACACGUUAUUA